AUGUCCCCAAGAUACAAAAAGAGGGAAGAAUAUUUUCUAUUUCACUGUAUUAAGUGGAAGCCAAAAUCUUUGUAUCAAUCUGUUUUGCCGAUUUCUAUAAUAAAUUGGAUAACGGGAUUUAAUAUAUUGGAAUAUCCUUCGGGAAAACCUCGACCAAUAAUUACUAUUGUUUACGCUUUGUGCUGUGCUGCAUUUUAUUGGUCCUUUAAAUUCAUAAAUAGUUGUCGAGUGGAUUUCAGUAUUCUUACCACGUUUGCCAACAGUAUAUACACGUACAUUUACUAUAUGAAUACGACUAUUGCUGCAGUUUGUAUUUUAACCAAUUGGUUUUUUUACAAGACGCUUAGAAGAACUUCCAAAAGACUGGAAUUAGUUGAUAUGGCCAUGGAAAAUAUUGGUUUUUCAAAACAUUAUCAGGAACUGUUUAUAAUUUGUUUUUUAGAAGUAAUGGCAUGGAUUGCUACUAUUUCAAUUCUUUUAACAAAUGCCAUACAAAUAUUAAUGAGAACAAAAGAGUGGUUGAGUACAUUAUAUCUUUUUCACGCUCCACUUCAUUGCAAUUCAAUUGUUGACUUUACAUUCGCCUCAAUGAUCAAAUGCAUGGGAGUAAGAUUCAGAAACAUAAAUUCAAUUUUGCAAAAAAUCUUAAUAAAAUAUAAAAAUCCAAGACCAAUUAGCAAAUUUUAUCCAAAAUGGAGAAGAGCAAAAAUAUUCGUCAAGCCAAAAGAGAUUAAUUUAAAUAUAAACGACAUUCAACAGCAAACAAAAGUUUUAUCAAUAAUUAGACAUCUUCAUUUAGAAAUAACAAAAUUAUCAUCGAAAAUAAUGGAAAUUUAUCAAAUUCAAAUUACAAUGGAAAUGGUUGCGCAUUUGUCAAAUUUAACAGCAAUGUUGUACAAUAUGUUCAGUAUUACUUAUUAUUCUAAAAUUCCUUUGCAAUUUAAAAUACGAUCGUUCAUUUCUGUCUCAUUAUGUCAUAUAAAACCAGUGUAA